AGCUGCUCCUCCUCUAGAUAUUCCACUGUUCAGCUUGUUGCCAGAUUUAAUUCGAAGCAAAAUCUGCUGGUUUCCUCUCCGGCGAGGCUCUUCGACAAACCGACGAUCCAAAGACCGUGAAGUCCAGAUCCCGCUGCGCGAGCGCAUGUCCAAGUCCGGGUAGACGAUAUAACACAGCCGCCAAGUCACCUUCGAACUACGAAACACACUGGCGGUCCUGCAACUCUGACGUCUCUGGGUCUCGCUUGAAGAUGAUACCCUUUAUACACCGGCCGUUCGUUUACUUGGCCGAUCAAAUCGGCGCUGGUCCCGAUGAACUCAAGCUCAUCUUCUCCCUCCUCCUGUCCUACCCUCUUGCCGGAAUCUUGAAACGAGUUCCCGACGCCCGGCCUGCGUACAAGAACUUGUUCUCGCUCGGCAUCUCCAUCUUCUACCUCGUCGGCCUCUUCGACCUGUGGGAUGGCCUCCGUACGAUGCUCAUAUCGGCGGCUGGGGCCUACGCCAUCGCCAAGUUCUUGCGCGGCUCCCCGUACAUGCCAUGGGUCGGCUUUGUCUUCCUGAUGGGCCACAUGAGCGUGAACCACAUCGCCCGCCAGGCCGCCAACAAUCCGUCCACGGUGGAUAUCACAGGCGCUCAGAUGGUUCUGGUCAUGAAGCUGAACGCCUUCUGUUGGAACGUGGCAGAUGGCCUAUUGCCCGAAGCCGAGCUGUCCGACCUGCAGAAGAACCGCCGCCUCACGGAGCUGCCGAACCUGCUCGACUAUGCCGGCUUCGUCUUCUUCUUCCCCAGCAUGAUGGUGGGCCCGGCCUUUGAUUUUGCCGAGUACCGUCGCUGGCUCGACACCACCAUGUUCGAGGUGCCCGCCGAUGUCGAUCCAGCCAAGAGACCGCCGACGAGGCGCAAGCGCAAGAUCCCCCGCAGUGGCACCCCUGCCAUGGUGAAGCUCGUCGCCGGCCUGCUGUGGAUUUUCGCGUUUCUCAAGCUGUCCGCCUACUUUGAUUACCCCGUUCUGCUCGAGGACAGCUUCCUCGAUUACAGCUUCCUCCGCCGUGUGUUCAUCCUGCAUAUGGUCGGCUUCACGGCACGCACCAAGUAUUACGGCGUCUGGAUGAUGUCCGAAGGCGCCUGCAUCCUCGCUGGCUUAGGGUACAACGGCGUAGACGCCGCGACAGGCAAGGUCUCGUGGGAUCGCCUGCAAAACAUCGACCCAUGGGGCGUCGAGCUUGCGCAGAACACACGCGGCUACCUCGAGGCCUGGAACAUCAACACCAACAAGUGGCUCCGAAACUACGUCUACUUGCGCGUGACACCCCGCGGCAAGAAGCCGGGCUUCCGCGCCAGCCUGGCCACGUUCACCACCUCCGCCUUCUGGCAUGGCUUCUACCCCGGAUACUACCUCUCCUUCGUCCUGGCGUCCUUCAUCCAGACCGUCGCCAAGAACAUGCGCCGCAACUUCCGCCCCUUCUUCCUCGACCCCAAAACCGGCGCCCCUCUCCCCUCCAAGAAGUACUACGACCUCGCGUCCUGGCUGACGACUCAGCUGACCUUCUCCUUCGCCGCGGCGCCCUUCCUGAUCCUCUCCCUCUCCGGCUCGCUGCAGGUCUGGGCGCGCGUCUACUUCUACGGCGUCCUGGGCACGGCCGCGCUGAUGGCCUUCUUUGCUUCCCCCGCCCGCGGCGCUCUGAAGAGGGAGCUGGAGAAGAGGAGCGCCAAGGCCGGCGUCGGCGCGAAAGCCGCUGUGGCCGUGGAUGGGGCGGCGGUUGCUGCUACUGCUCCUGCUGCUGCUGGUGGUGGUGGUGGUAAACUGCGGCCUGGGGCGGAGCAGCACAUCGGCCGCUCGGCGAGCUCGGACAGCUUGGCGUCGCGCGAGCCGGUCAUGGGCAUCACGCAGGAUCUAGAGAGGGAGUUUGAUGAUGCCAUGAGUGAGAUCCGGGAUUUUGAGGCCAGGCGGAGACGCUGAUGUGAGACGGGGAGUGGCGCCCCCUCCGUGUUGAGGAAGAGCUGGGGGAGGGAGGUGGGCAUGGGGCAUAUAUCUACCUCUACAUUGCGAGGUGCUUGAGCACACAGAUGUACUUUUACAUACCGCGAUAGUUUCGCUAUAUAUAGAACACCUACAGAGUUAUUGCUUCCAUCAUGGACGGCGAUAAUAUACUUGCACUGACAGUCACAUUCUAAAUGCCUUCUUGUAACUUCGUAAAAAGCCGCAGUCCACCGCUUCCAACAGCACAUUAAUGACAUGA